CACAGGCACAGGCACAGACACCGGCACCGGCACCGGCACCGAGGCACUGGGUGGGCCUGUGUGAGCACUGGUGUUGGCAGACACCAGCUUGAAGGACCUGGGAUGAGUUUGAAGUCUGGACUGGCUUGGCCUGUCUGAAGCGCUCCAUCUGUGAAUGUCUGCACGCUCUUGGGCUUCCUCUCCCUGUGUGGCACCCUCUGGAUGAAGCUGUUGUUCAGUUUUGCUUUGCCAAGAAAGUUCCUGCAGAAGAGGAAGAUGGGAUCUCAUUUCCCAAGAGGCUGCUGAGUCACAUUGAGAGCCCCUGUUAGAUGUGCCCCUGUCCCUUGCCAGGACAUGCCAUCCCUCCUGGUGACUGCCACUGCCAGCAGAGUGGGACCUGACUGAUUCCUGCCCAGCCUGGACACCUUUGUGCCCCCAUUUGCCACUCAAAGUUGUCUCUUUGAGUGUACCAAGAAACAAAUGGGAGCUGGAGAUGCUCUGUCACAGAAGCAAAUGAUUCCUGCCAGCCAUGUCCCCAUCUGAGCGGGUCCCAGAGCCCUCUGUCCCCAGGGCCUGUGCCAGUAGCCACACUGGGAUUUGCUGAGCCACAGGGUUCAUGUUGAGCGUGUUGUGUUUUAGGGUUUUGAGGAAAAUGCAGAGGCGGCACAGCAGCAACACCGACACCGUGCCUCCUGAAAGGAACCGGAGCCAGGCUGUCAGCUCGGAGGCCAGCGUGGAUGAAAGCGGAGUGUUCGAGAGCCUCAAGGCCGAGGCCUCCUCCCCUCAGCAGCUCUUCUCGGGGCUGGCCGGCAUCCCCUCGGCCUCCAUGGCCGCCGCGCCCUUCCCCUCAGGGCUGGUGCUGGGCUCGGCGGCCGGAGGAGGGGAAGUGUUCAUCCAGAUGGCAGCCCCGAGGGACGAGGGGCCCGGCCGGGCUGAGGGGGCCCCGUUCCACCACCGCCCCCCGGCCCAUCACUUCCACCACGGCCACCACCGCGGCUCCUCGCUGCUGCACAUGGCGGGCGGCGACCGGCACGGCCACGCCGAGGAGGGCACCGAGGAGCCGGCCGGGACCCCGGCCCCGGCCCUCUCCGAGCUGAAAGCUGUGGUCGGUUGGCUGCAGAAGGGACUUCCCUUCAUCUUGAUCCUCCUGGCUAAAGUUUGUUUCCAGCACAAGCUCGGAAUUGCUGUGUGCAUUGGCAUGGCCAGCACCUUUGCCUACGCCAACUCCACACUCCGAGAGCAGGUGGCUCUGAAGGAGAAGAGAUCAGUGCUGGUUGUGUUGUGGAUCCUGGCCUUUCUCACUGGAAACACCCUGUACUUGCUUUACACAUUCAGCUCUCAGCAGCUUUACAACAGCCUUAUAUUCCUGAAACCCAACCUGGACAGGCUGGACUUCUUUGACCUCAUGUGGAUUGUGGGCAUUGCAGACUUUGUGCUGAAGUACCUCACCAUUGCCCUGAAAUGCCUCGUUGUGGCCCUGCCCAAGAUCAUCCUCGCUGUCAAGUCAAAGGGGAAGUUUUAUCUGAUCAUUGAGGAGCUGAGCCAGCUGUUCCGCUCCCUGGUCCCCAUCCAGCUGUGGUACAAAUACAUCAUGGGGGAUGAUCCCUCCAGCAGCUACUUCCUGGGUGGGAUCCUGAUCAUCAUGUACAGCCUUUGCAAGUCUUUUGACAUCUGUGGCCGUGUGGGAAGUGUCAGGAAGGCUCUGAAGGUCCUUUGCACCCCCCAGACCUAUGGAGUCCGUGCCACGAGCCAGCAGUGCAGUGAGGCAGGAGACAUCUGUGCCAUUUGCCAGGCAGAGUUCAGGGAACCUCUGAUCCUCCUGUGCCAGCACGUGUUCUGUGAGGAGUGCCUGUGCCUGUGGUUCGACCGGGAGAAGACGUGUCCCCUGUGCCGCUCGCUCUCCGUGGACACCCUGCGCUGCUGGAAGGACGGCACCACCUCUGCUCACUUCCAGGUGUACUGACAGCAGGGCUGGGCACAGGAGCAGCUGGAAAAUCCCAGCAUCUCUGCUCAGUUUUGUUGUCUGUUGUUUUGUUGUCCUUCUUCCAGCUCUGAGCCAACUGAACAAUUGUGACUGGCCAGAAACUUGACCCUGGAAGGCAGGGGAGGUGUGGGUGGUUAUGGUGAACUCCAGGGUGUUUCUGGAGCUUCCAGGGUUACAGAGGGUCUGGGAUGUUUCCUAUUUUCCUGUCCUUUAGUAUGGACAAACACUGAGUGUCCAGGGCAGGGGAGCAGUGAGUGCUGAACAAAGCUGUGCUGUGCCUGAGGAGCUUCGCGUUACCUGGCCCUGCAUUCCCUGAAUCCAUGACUUCACAGGAUUACACAGCUCCUCUCCCUGAGAACUCUUCCCAAGCUUCAGAACCUCGUGUCCAAAGCUGCAGUUGGAGAAAUGUGAUUUCCCAGCUGCAGCUUUUCCAACUGAUUCCACAAAUGGCACACGUUGUCACCUUCAGAGAAUCACAGGGAGCUUGGGAAGGACCCGCCAGGGAAGCUGGAAAUGACACUCUCCUUUCCCAUGGAGAGUUUCCCAACAUUCCCUGGAAAUGUUUUUCCUCUGUAAUUUUCAUGAAGAGACUUUCUGAUUUCCCAGUCUCUGGGGAGAACAGAGGGAGGUUAAAGCUGAGUUGGGUUUGUCUGGAUGGAAAUCCAGCACCUGACCAAGAACAUCUCACAAACUCAGUGUCCUGUGCUCCUCAGCCAGGACCAACCAGAGCCUUGAGCUUCAGCAGGAGAUCCCUGACAGGAAUUAUCAGGAAUUAACCCCAUCCCUGUGGCCGAGGUCUCUGCUGAGGUUCUCCAGCAGCACAAGCCCUCAGAGGGAGCUGCUGUUUGUUCUGGAGCUUUCCCUGUCCCCAAACCACCUCUGCUCCGUCAGGAACAGCAGCAUCUUCCCAGCUCAUUGCCAUGGACAUGGCUCAAGGUGACAGCCCCACCUGAGCCAUCAGGGAAGAGGCUCCUGAGGGAGGGAGGCUGUGUCUGUGCUGAUGGAAACUCCAGAGGGGAGCUGAUGGGAACAGGAUUAAAGCUCUGCAUUCCUUUGGAAAUAACAGCUCAGUGUGGCUGAGGAGGAAUGGUGAGAGCAGAGCCUGAGCUGGGGAGAGUCCAAACCUCACCUGGGAGGUCCAGGGAAGCACAGGAGGAAAAGCUUUACUUUCCAAAACAAAGUGAUGUCAAAUUCUUGUCUAAUGGAUCCUGUGGAAGUGGAGAAUGUUUCUGCUUUCAAACUGUUUGAAAAGCUACUUCUCAUUCUGAUGUUUUUACCCUAAAUGCUCCUGGAAAAUGUGUUCGGAGAAGUGUAAGAAAAGCUCAGUAGGAGCCCAGCUCUACAGAAAGUGUGGGAUACACUGCUUCAAAAUUCAGUUUUUAUUUGGCAGUAAGACAGGAAAUCGAAGGGAAAGUGUGGGUUUGCAUUCUUAAAGUUUUGGGGUCUUUUUGGGGAGGAUGGUCCUCCCUACUCGUGGAAGAUGACUCUUGGACCAGAAAACAUCCAGGGGAAACUUCAGUUCCAAUGAGAGCUGCUGGGAACCUGUUGAUUUCCAUGGGAAAACAGGGAAGGCUGUGGAAGGAAAUUCCUCUGAGAGAGAAAAUAAAAUCCAGAGCCUUUUUCUGCCAUUGAA